UAUGAGAUGUUUUAAAAAAAUGGUUUCAAAAUUAUUGAAGAACAAUUACAAAAGUUUUUCAAAAUUGUUGACAAACAUAGAGAUAGUAAUGAUAAAUGUAAUCAAAGAUGCUUUAAAUUGGAGCGAAUUCAAAAAUUCAGCUUUCAAUGAAUUAGCCGCCCAAGGUAUUCCCUUUAAUUAACUUUAUAGUCUUCUAUGAAAUCAUGAAAGAACUAAGAGAGAAUAUGGAAAAAGAACAAAAAUUAGACAGUUCUUCUCCUGCUGCAAAAUACAUGCCAUUUACUUUUAACAAUAUGAUCUCUUAUCUAAGCUAUCUGGCAAGUAGAGAUGAAUUAAUAAAAGCCAUUGAUGUUUCAAAUUAUCCAUUAAAUUUUAGGACACUUCCAUUUCUCAAUUGGAGAAAUUCAAGAAAUAUAUGGAAAUGAUCAAUUUAAAUUCAACAUUAAGUGUCUAAAAACGAAAUCAAUCAACGCCUGAAGUUGAUAUCAUUCAUGAAGAAGCAGGAGAAAACCAAAACCUAGACCAAGAACAAGAAUUUAUUAAGAGAAAUGAACAACGGUUUAACUUAUUCAAUAACUCCUGUAAAGGCUCUCAUAUAACUUAGUUUAUAAUUCUCAAAGUGCCUUCAAAGAGUCCUAAAUCCUAAAAAUUACCUAAUGUGAUGCCAAAAGAAUAAUUAUUGAAAGUAGCCAAAAAAUUAAGAGAAAUUGAUACCAUUGUAAGAUCGCAUCAAGUUCCUGAGACUUAAAGUUUAUUUAAUAUAAGGAGAAAACUAAUAACUCAAUCAUAAAAUUGAAACAAGACGUAUCUAAAUAUAUACAUUUAGCUAAAACCUAAUAUAAUAUAAAUGUUGAUGAAUUAUAAAUAGUAAACGCUCCUUAAUAUUUUUAUAGCAAAGCACGAAAAGUAAACCUCCCCUUACUUUGAAAAUCAGGAACUUUG